GAUUGUUCCGAUUAUAAGAAUUUAUUAUUACAUGAAAAAUAUUCAACAAUUGAAUCAAUUCCAGAAAAUGUUAUGAAAAUUUUGAAAGAUAAUGAAGCUAGUGAACCUUUUGGAAAAACAAUUGACUUGACAUAUGAUCAUUUAUCUUCUACAGAGGUUUUAUCAAAGAUUAUUCCAAAUGGUCUUGAAAUUACAUCAUCAUUUGAACAAGUUGGUCAUAUUGCUCACUUGAAUAUUCCAGAUGAAGUUGCACAAUAUAGAUAUUUGAUUGGUCAAGUGAUUUUAGAUAAGAAUCCAAAGAUUAAAACUGUUGUAAAUAAGAUGGGUAUGAUUGACUCUGUUUUUAGAGAAUUUAAAAUGGAGCUUUUAUGUGGAGAGGAUGAUUUUAAUGUUACAUUAAAGGAAAAUGGAAUAACAUUUAAAUUUAAUUAUAGAGAGGUUUACUGGAAUUCAAGACUUGGAACUGAACAUACCAGAUUAUUGAAAUACUUUGAUAAAUCACAAAGUGUUUGUGAUAUGAUGGCUGGUGUUGGUCCUUUUGCUGUUCCAGCUGCUAAGAAGGUUGAAUGCAAAGUAUAUGCAAACGAUUUAAACCCUAAGAGUUAUGAAUACAUGAAAAUUAAUGCCUCUGUUAACAAAGUAGAGGGAAAUAUGGAAUGUUUCAACAUGGAUGGUAGAGAAUUUAUCAAAUAUAUGGUUAAUGAUAGAAAGGUUCAGUUCCAUCAUGUCAUUAUGAAUUUGCCAGCUUCUGCAGUGGAAUUUCUUGAUGUUUUCAGAAUUGAUCAAACCAAGAUUGAUUUUGAACCAAUUAUUCAUUGUUAUACAUUUGUUAAAGGUUCCAUUAAGGAUGGUGAUGAUUUGAAUGUAUUAUCCAAGCAACAAGUUGAACAAGUUGUUGGAGCAGAUCACAUUGGAGAGUAUAUUGACAUUUAUCCAGUUAGAAAUGUUGCACCAAAGAAAGAAAUGAUGUGUAUCUCAUUCAGAUUAAGACAACCAUCAGAAUCAAAUCUUAAAAGAAAGGUGGAGGAUGCAACCACUGAAAAUGAGCCUGAAGAUAAGAAAGUAAAACUCUAA